AACCUUUAUGGGUUUUGGUUUAAAAUAAAUUCAAACAGAUUUUUUUAAAUACUUACAAAAAAUCUAAAUGAUUCGUUCUUUAAGAAUAUUUUUUAUCGCUUUAUUGUUGCACGUUGCUGACUAUGUAAUUAGUCAAGAGACUAAAUGUCAUAAACCUUGUAUUCCAUUAUCGCAAUGUUUUACCGCCCAAAACCUAUUAAAAGAAAAUGGAACUAGGCCAACAAUUUGUUAUUUCCUCGGUUUUGAAUUAUUUGUUUGUUGUCCUCCAUUUAAUCCAAUCUUAGUAUUUGAUAGAUCUACAAUACGUGUAAGUCAGAGAAAAUGUGAACAAUUUUAUCCAUCAAAAAUACCUGAAGGAGCUUUUGGUGCAGUAGCAGGAUAUGAAACAGAACCAAAUGAGUUUCCAUUUAUGGCUGCUAUUGGAUAUGGUGAUGCUAAAAAUCCUAUUUACAAUUGCGGUGGAGUUCUAGCUGAAAGAAAUUAUGUAAUAACAGCGGCACAUUGCGCCAAAUAUAAUGGAGAACCUGCUAUUGUGGUUCGGAUUGGAGGAAAUCCACUGUCAGAUAAUGCAACUCAGCCUAUACGGGUAGUAAAAGUCAUUAUACAUCCAAAUUAUGAAAGUAAUACAGAAUUGAAUGACAUCGCAAUUUUAGCACUAGGACAACAUGUUGAUGAAACUCCGGUUUGUUUAUAUUCUUUUGGAAAGUUAGAAUUAGCAUAUCAGUCAAAUGUUAUAGCAAUGGGUUACGGAUCAACUUCAUUUGGGGGCGCCUUUGCAAGAAGAUUGCUGAAAGUAUAUCUUAAAAUAAUUGAUAAUAGUGAAUGUGUUAAAGAAUAUGGAAAUCAACCAAUCGUUGAAUCACAGUUAUGUGUCCAAGGGAAUACAAGACAUUUUAAUGGUACGGAAAUUGCAAUUCAAGAUACAUGCCAGGGUGAUUCAGGUGGACCACUACUAUUACAAAGUAGUCUCACAUUUAGUCCUAGAAUAGUUGGCAUAGUUUCAUACGGUCAAGGCUGUGGUACAAAAAUACCUGGAAUUUAUACUAAUAUAAGUUCCUAUAUCGAUUGGAUUGAAUCUGUUAUUUGGCCAGGAAAUAAUGAAGAUGAAAAAUUUUUAAUUUCUUAACAUUAUUGCUUUAAAUAGUCUUAAGAUUAGUUCUAAAAUAUUU